AUGCGCGAGAUCAUCCACAUCCAGACCGGCCAGUGCGGUAACCAGAUUGGUGCCAAGUUCUGGGAGGUCAUCUCCGACGAGCAUUGCGUCGACCCGAACGGUUCUUACUACGGUGACGACCCCGUCCAGCUGGAGCGCAUCGAUGUCUACUACAAUGAGGCCGCCGGCAAGAAGUAUGUCCCGCGCGCGGUCCUCGUCGACCUGGAGCCCGGCACCAUGGAUGCCAUCCGUGCUUCCCCGGUCGGCAAGCUCUUCCGCCCGGACAACUACAUCUUCGGUCAGUCUGGCGCCGGCAACAACUGGGCCAAGGGCCACUACACCGAGGGCUCCGAGCUGGUGGACUCCGUGCUCGAUGUCAUCCGCCGCGAGGCCGAGAACUGUGACUCCCUCCAGGGCUUCCAGCUGACCCACUCCCUGGGUGGUGGUACCGGCUCCGGUCUCGGCACCCUGCUGGUGCACAAGAUCCGCCAGGAGUACCACGACCGCAUGGUCUGCACCUUCUCCGUGGUCCCCUCGCCCAAGGUGUCCGACACCGUGGUCGAGCCCUACAACGCCACCCUCUCCCUGCACCAGCUGAUCGAGUACUCGGAUGAGACCUUCUGCAUUGACAACGAGGCUCUCUAUGACAUUUGCUUCCGCACCCUCAAGCUCAACACCCCCUCCUACGGUGACCUCAACCACCUGGUGUCCUAUGUCAUCUCCGGUGUGACCACCUCUCUGCGCUUCCCGGGCCAGUUGAACGCCGACCUGCGCAAGCUCGCCGUCAACAUGAUCCCCUUCCCGCGUCUGCACUUCUUCAUGGUCGGCUUCGCGCCGCUCACCAGCCGCCACACCUCGCAGUACCGCCAGAUCACCGUGUCCGAGCUGACCCAGCAGAUGUUCGAUGCCAAGAACAUGAUGGCCGCUUGCGACCCGCGCCAUGGCCGUUACCUCACCGUCACUGCCAUGUUCCGCGGCCGCGUGUCCAUGCGCGAGGUUGACGAGAACAUGUACAACAUCCAGCGCAAGAACAGCUCCUACUUCGUCGAGUGGAUCCCCAACAACAUCAAGACCUCCGUCUGUGAUGUCCCCCCCAAGGGCCUCAAGAUGUCUGCCACCUUCCUGGGCAACAGCACCUCCGUCCAGGAGCUCUUCAAGCGCAUCUCCGAUCAGUUCAGCUCCAUGUUCCGUCGCAAGGCUUUCCUCUACUGGUACACCGGCGAGGGCAUGGACGAGCUCGAGUUCUCCGAGGCCGAGGCCAACAUCAACGACCUGGUCUCCGAGUACCAGCAGUACCAGGAUGCCACCGUCGGCGAGAACGAGACCGCCGAUAUGGAUAUGCAGCAGGGCGGCGAGAUGAUGGACUACUAA